GAUUCCCGCAACCUGCCGAAUAAUACCGCCGGCGCUGGACCGGGCUUUGCAGAAGUGGCUCAUCUCUGGCACGGGACGGAGCCGGUCUCUGGGAAGGGAGAGCUCGCCUGUCGCUCCGUUUUUCUAGUGCGCCUUGUGAAGAGCAAGCAAGAACCAAAAUGCCACAGACAAGACUGCGUAUGAGGCCUUGGCUGGAGAUGCAAAUUAAUUCUAAUAAAAUUCCUGGACUUUCUUGGAUCAAUAAGGAUGAAAAAUUAUUCCAGAUUCCGUGGAAACAUGCUGCUAAGCAUGGCUGGGAGCUUGAAAAAGAUGCCUACCUUUUCAAAAACUGGGCCAUUCAUACUGGGAGAUACAAAGAAGGUGACAUUCAGCCUGAUCCUAAGACAUGGAAGGCAAAUUUCCGGUGUGCCAUGAAUUCAUUGCCAGAUAUUGAAGAGGUGAAAGACAAAAGCAUUAGCAAGGGCUCCAGUGCUGUCCGGGUCUACAGAAUGCUGGAACCCUCCGUAAAGUCACAGAGAAAAGAAAAGAAGUUGAAGUCCGUAAAAAAUAAGAGUUCAAGAAAGUCAGCCGAAGACAUCAAGACAGAAGAGACCACUGAAGCAACCAACAGCAUUCAGUUACCAGAUGACCACAGUGGCUAUGUGCUUCCCGGUUACCUGCCUGAGGAAAUGGAGGGUGGGAGCGCUUUAGGACUCCCCAGUUGUGACUUAAGCAAUGCGGACUGGAGGGAUAUUCAGUUGCCUGACAGCACAAACGACCUUUACCAUUUCCAAGUGUCGCCUGUCACAUCCUCAUCUGAUGAAGAUGAGGAUGCAUUUGGCCGAAAUCUUUACCAGCAGCUACUUGGCUCUGAUUGGCACCAAUCCAGUGUUGGUGGGAAAGGAUACCUAAUCAACGAACCUGGCAGCCAAAGUAUCUGCUUUGACCUUUCCUAUCAAGACCACGAUGCAGGCAUCGAUACAACAAACGCAGAAAUAAUUCAAAUCGACUCAAAGGCCAGCCUGGACUUCAGUUUGCUGGAGACACUACGAAUUGCUAGUUUGAACCCCAUAUCCUGUGGCAUGUAAACCCCAUUUUUAGCACUAGGUCUUUAUUGUUUUAUUUCUGGUGUUAUUUGUGAAACUGGCACAUCUGUGAAUUGUCAUUGGGCUUCUUGAUGUUUAGCACUGAAAACUCAAAGCUAAGAGAACAUGAUCUGAGCAGAGGGAAAAACACUGUUGUGGUUGCCUGGCUAUAGCAUGAGCCAACUCAGGGCAUGAUGCUGUGCGUGUCGUGACACAGCCCUCCAAAUCCUGGUGUUGCCCAGCUGGUAAGGUUGGCGGGGGAAUGCAUGGCAUCGCUCUCUAGGUCACUGUUGCUGCUUUCCCCACUCCUGACAUGUUCGCCCAUUAAUAUGACUGGAGUUCAAACUAUCUGCAAAAUACAUGAAAAGGUAUACCUGUAAUAGACAUUUUAACUGCACACAUUCUUUAUUUUGAAUGGAACAUGUAUCAGUCUUAAAUCUGGACCCUUUUGUAAAUAUGUUUAGAUCAUUAAAAUGUGAGAAUCUGACACAUUUUUGUUCCAUAUAUUAGGUAUCCAGGAGUUUUACUCUAGGACAUUCUGUUGGUUUCUGUAAGAUUGUCAUAUCAUGUUUUUCACCUGGACAAUAUAUUUAGACCUUCAGUGUAGAAUGAUGUAAUGUAUGGUUUGUUUACAUUAGGUUGUUAGCAAAAGCUAUCUGAAGGGUCCAUAGAAUUCAUAGUAAAGUUGAACUGUGUGAUAAAGGACAGUUUUGGGCAAACCAUUAAACCACUAGGCUGCAAAGAAAGUUGCUUCCUUGUACAUAUGUGUGUUUUUGUGUAAAUAAAAGUUUGCAAUUAUUUUAAUAAAAAUGUUAUAUAUUU